CAGAGAGGGAGGUGUGCAGGCUUGACUCUGCAUGCUGCCCAGGUCCUCCUCCUCCUCCUCUCCUUCCAACAGAAGGAAGUGCCAGGGACUGGCAAGCCCAGGCAGGCAAGUGUUGAUACACACAGCUGCUGUCAGGGAAAACAUAAACCGGAGGCGUGUGUUGCCUGUUGCCAGCAGAGAAAAAGCUAUGAAAUGCCCCGCAUAUGCUCUCCACAUAUGCAGAGGAAGGGAUCCCGAGACACAUUCACUGAUCCAGGACAUGCGAUGUUAGCCAAAUCCUGCAGCAGGAAGUCACAGCAAGAGACAGGCUGAUGGAGGAUUCCUUUGGGAUGGACAAGACAACCCUUCACCCAGGAUUGGGUCCUUGGAUCCUGUGACUCUGGGCUAGAGGCUGGCCCCUCAACGAGACUCCCGGCUUGCUUCAUCCUGCCAAGAUCCAUCCAUCGGAAGGGGGUCCAUGGAGUUCCAUCCAUCUUCCUUGGUCCCCCCAGCUGAAGGGAUGGAGAGUGAGGGCCACCUGGCCAAAUCUAAAGCCAGCAUGCCAGGACAUUGCCAUAUUGCUCAGAAGUUGUUGGAGGCUCUCAAAGGCAAGUCCCCUCCAGACAAGAAGCUGCAGGAGUUGCAGCAGCGGAUACUGGAGCAGCAACGGCGGUGUGUUGUCCGUGCCCUGGGAGGGGGGAGGCCCAAGACCCCUUGUCCUGGUGAGGGAGCCCCCAUUCUGGGCACAAGGCGUCUCAAGAGGAAGGUUGGCAAGGCGGCUGCCCACAUUGUUGACACUCCAGAUCCAGCUUCUGAAGGUCGCAGAGGAACGUCAGGAAAGGAGAAGAGGCGCAAAUCGCACAUGAUUCCUCCCCCUGAGGUGUCUCAGAAAGAGAGAGGAGCCCAUUUAUUUGGUCCUUCUGCCUGGAGGGAAGGCCAGAAGCUGGCCAGGAGGAUCCUGGGCCAACCCCAGAAAUACCCAAAGCCAGGGAACAGCAGCUCUCUGUGGAUGGCAGCAAAGGGCACCCCAGAACCGGGAAAAGGUUUGUUGACCAUGUCCCAGGUAGAACAAACCUCUUUAGGAAUGAGAGGUGGCACACACUGCAAAGAUCAUGCCAUGGAGAGAGGAACGGCAGAAGCUGGAGAAGCAGAUGGUGCUGCAGGAUUGGACAAAAUCUGCCAAGGCUGCGGGAACCAGGAAUAUCCAGGUCUAGAAAGGGAGACAGGAAAUCUGCAAAGGCAAACUGGAAGCAAGGGUAAAGCAGGUUGCUCUGAUGGGAAGGAAACCAAGGAUUCCCCCAAGGUCCACAGUGCAUCUGCAGACACUGGGUGGAUGUGCCCCAGAACACUCUCGGCCAUCCGCAAGGGGAGGAUGAAGGAGACCUCCCAAAUGGAGAACCAGCUCAGGUUGGAUGGACAGAGGAGGAGGAUCCCCUACAAUCUUGAUGAGGUCCGGGAAUUUAUGGUGCAGAAGAUGGCAGAAAGGAGAAAGAUGGCCUGGGAAGAAAAGCGAGCUUUAAGGGAGGCGCAGGAGGCAAGGAAGAGGAGGCUAAAAGAGGUGGAGAGGAAGCAGAAGGAAGCCUUCAGCAGCAGCAACAGGAGGAGAAAGGCUUACACAGAAGAGGAAGUGGGCAGGAAGUUCAACCGGGGAAGCACGUCCACAAAGUACGCUAAGCAUCACUGGAGCCCGGUAAGGCUAUCAGAUGUGUGUUUGAGUGGUGGAAAGAGUGGUUGGUGA